AUCAUCCAAACCACCACCGGAUUAUUUCAAGCUCAAGCAGAACUCCUCCUGCAUAUGCUGUCGCAAGAAAAAACAGAUAGUACCAAAAAUCGUCGUUGAGGAACCGGAAGGGGACGAUAUUUUAGAUAAUGCAAACGUUAAUAAAAUGUUACCAAAUUAUUGUAUCAAAAUAGGAUGGGCUAUAGUGGUAAUUAUUGUUCUGGCGUCCUCUAAUUUUCUCAUACUUUACAGCAUGGAAUGGGGAAAAUCUAUAUCGGAGGAAUGGUUAGCAGCUUUCUUCUUGUCAUUCUUUGAGAAUCUUUUUGUAAUGGAUCCUGCUAAGGUGUUAUUGAUGUCAGUCCUAUUGGCAUGUUUACUAAGAAGUCCCUAUAAUCAGGUAGAUAAAGUCAAUGUGGAGAAGGUACAGACAGAAGUAGAGAAAUUUGGUUUAACUGAAGUUGAUGUAUCUCAACUUCCCCCCGAUCCUAUACCAGAAUCUCUUAUGGAAAAAGCCCGACAACGACGUAAAGAAGAACUGAAGGCUCAAUCUGUUUUUAUGAACUUGAUAUUGUAUGGAGUAUUUUUGUUUGCUUUAUAUGCUGUUUGUUAUGGUAAUCGAGAUACCAGUAACUUUGCAUUUCAAACACACAUUGAACAAGAUAUAUUCACUGGCAGUUUUG